GGUUUCCCCCCGGGCGGGCCUGGGGCAGAGCCCCUCCGGUUCCUCGUUAGCCUCUCCGCGCUUUGUGGCCCGGCUCUGCGUCUCCUCGCUGGAGCAGCGGAACAAGGGCGCAGAGUCUCUUCCGUUGGGUGCACAGGUCCCGUUUGGCGGAGGCAGCUGACGGCUGCGAGGCACUGCUCCGAGCGGAGUGAGUGAGAGGAAUCCGAGGACUGAGCGGCCGUGGGCGGGUCUGCAGCCUCCUUCGCCCGCGCCUCCCCGGUGCGGUGCGCUCCGGGGAGCCGGACCUCCCUUCCCGCGUUCAGCGCGAGCUCUGCUGUCCGGAACCGAGGCGCAGGGUCUCGUGAGCAGCCUGCCCCUGUGGACACACCUUCCGUGUCUGUGUUCUGCCUGCCUUACUCACCCGAGACCUCACCGUGAAGGGUGGGCGAGGAGAGACCCUCUUCAGUCUUCACUGUACCCUUUGGCAGCAUUUGACACAGAGAGCCAUUCCGUCUUUCUUCAAACUGCCUUCCAAAAGGUGUUCCCUUAGAAAUGAGUUGCACAAUAGAGAAGGCACUUGCUGACGCUAAAGCCCUUGUUGAAAGGCUGCGAGAUCACGAUGAUGCAGCAGAGUCUCUCAUCGAGCAAACCACAGCUCUCAACAAGCGAGUGGAAGCAAUGAAGCAGUAUCAGGAAGAAAUUCAAGAACUUAAUGAAGUUGCAAGACAUCGACCACGGUCUACAUUAGUUAUGGGAAUCCAACAAGAGAAUAGACAAAUCAGAGAAUUGCAACAGGAAAACAAAGAAUUGCGUACAUCCCUGGAAGAACAUCAGUCUGCCUUGGAACUUAUAAUGAGCAAGUAUCGAGAACAAAUGUUUAGAUUGCUAAUGGCUAGCAAAAAAGAUGAUCCGGGUAUAAUAAUGAAGCUGAAAGAACAGCAUUCCAAGAUUGACAUGGUACAUCGUAACAACUCCGAAGGAUUCUUCCUUGCUGCAUCUCGACACAUCCUUGAAGCACCUCAGCAUGGACUCGAGAGGAGGCACUUGGAAGCAAAUCAGAAUGAGUUGCAGGCACAUGUUGACCAGAUAACGGAGAUGGCAGCAGUCAUGAGAAAAGCCAUUGAAAUCGACGAGCAGCAGGGUUGCAAGGAACAAGAAAGAAUCUUUCAGCUUGAACAAGAAAACAAAGGCUUGAGAGAGAUCCUUCAAAUAACUCGAGAAUCAUUUUUGAACCUUCGGAAGGAUGACGUAUCAGAAAGUACGUCUUUGUCAGUAUUAGUGACCAAUAGUGAUUUGAGUCUGAGAAAGAGCUGAAGGGCUCCAGAUCUGGAGUACAUGGGUCCACAUCGUUGUCAGGACUGAUGGACAAGUGAAUGAAUGAACAGAAAAUUCAGCGUUAGUCAACACUUUUUUUCCCCUCUAUAGUAUGUACAGUGCACUGAAUAAGAGAUAGCAACAAAAAAAAUGUGUAUUUAAUGGUUGUAAACUUUAUUCCAAAACCCACAAAUAUAGAAACUGAGCCACUGUUAAUUAGUGAACCAAUGAACAGUUUUUACAGUGACUCUUGAAUAUGUGAAGCUUUUAGUAGUGCUGUUUGCUCUCUGAAUAAUAUAAAUAUAAUCUGAAUCCCAAUAAAUGUUUGGGAAUUCAUAGAAUUAUUCCAGUUUUAAAAUACAAGUUUUCACUAUGGUUUUAUGAAUAAGAAAUCUGCAUACUGAAUUUUAUUCUUCCUGUUUGGUGUCAGAAUUAACAAGUUGUUUAUGCACCGUGUGACUUACUACUUAAGUGACUGCUUGUCUGUUUCCGCAUUAAAAUUUUGUCAAAGAAAAUUCAGGUUUAAAGGCUCUAGGAAUGUUUCAUUGGUACCAUAAAUGAGGUAAUUUAAUUCUAGCUAACUUACCAUAAUUAAUCCUUAGCUAUCAGUUGUCUAAGACAUGUUGAAAUGUAUGAAACAUCAUUUCAGGAAUGAAAGAAAAGGAAUAAUUACUUUCUAAGAAAGAUCAUAUAAUAGACAUAUUUAGUAGGUUAAACUACUCCUUUGAAAGAAUAAGUUUUGGUUCUUUGUCAUUGUGAAAAUGAGAUUUUUUUUUUUGUCUUUUCUGGUCCAUACCUAUUUAAGGAUAUUACAUGGUUCAUUUAGCUAACAAGAGUUGAAUUAUUUGAUACAGAAAGGUAGGUAUGGAAACUUUCAAGAUAAAUUCAGGACUUCUCGGGCUCAUGGGCCCCUCCCUUUUUUUCUUAAUUACUCUUGACACACAAAAAGGAGUCAAAUUUCAGAAAAAAAAUUCUGAAUGUACUUUUAAACUUCAUCUGGUACUCAUAAUCUGUAAGGUUUUUCUUCUGACCUUUCAUUUGGAAAGGAAGGUAGAAAUCUAUGAAUUUACAAGUAUUUAUUUUCUUUUUUUUUAAACUAAAUAUACAGUGUAUGAACUCGUAAAAGCUACCAGAUACAGAAAUAUGCUUUAACACCAAUGAAGACCUAACGUUUUCUUAUUUUGUAGUGAGUGUAGAAUGAAAGGAUAAAAGAGUAUCAAAUAUAUUAUACUCAUUUAUAUUAAAUACAUAUUAAAAUUAGCACAAUCAGAAAAUUUUAGUUUUGAGUAUAUAAUUUGUUAAAGAAAUAUUACUUCUUGUAAUUUUUAUGUAUUAUUUCAUAUAAUGGUAAAAUUCAAAAGUACUUUUCACUGCAGAGAUUCUUGAUCCUAAGUUUGAGGUUAAUGGGCUGAUUAGAAAAGGGCUAGUAGCCCAAAUAUUAGGUUUAUUUUCUCAUUCAGAGGCCUUAAUUGAUACUUUCUAAGGAAAUGACUUUUUUUAUUUUUAAACUUUUCUAUAGGUUUUUAGGAACUAUCCCUUAAUUAAACGGCAUAUUCAUUCAAAGAGUUGUUAUCCCAAGGAAAAAUAAAAGGAAAUAAGCUACACAGUUGAGAUUAAGUCUGAGGCAAUUCCCUGAGGCAGCUCUAUUAUAAAACAUUUAUUUGAUAAAUGAUUAUUUUUGUAAACAGGUAAUUUAUUCUUGGCCUUCUUCCUUAGAUAAAUUUUAAGUCUUGAGUAUUGAAAACAUUUACUGUUUUUAGGACAGUUUUCCGCCCCUUGUUUUUGUUUGACAGAAUUUUACUUUUAUGUCUGAGAGGAUGUAUCAGGAGCCUGUUUUAUCAAUAAAGAUGAAUGGUUAAAACUGG